AUGCUGCUUGUUUUGACCAGUAGAUCUUGCGGCUUUUGUGACGUUGCUAAGAGAGCGGUGCUAGAUGCGAAAUUCUACUUAGAGUCAAGAAUAUCUCAUUCGUUGAUGGCUGAAAUUUCUUUCAACGUCUUGGAAGCUGACUCGAAUCAUCUUCCUUCCUGGCUCAACUUCAAGCACUAUCCUCAGGUUCUGCUUCUUCCCGCAGAGAGUUCCUCUUCUGGUGAUUCUAAGAUACUUACUGGAAAAAUAUCAAAAAGCUCGAUCAUCAAGUUUCUAGUUACAAAACUACCCCAAAAGCUCCGACUUGUCCUUGCACUGGAGCUGAAGGGUGGAUCAUCCGAAGACGCAAUACUUUCAGCUUGGAACGUUCAACAGAAAAAGAUCGACAAGCUGGACGAAUUGAUCAAGAGAGAAAAAUACGAAAGCUGGAAAAUGAAGCAGAAUUGGAAGGAGAAUCAGAAAUUGGUUGAAGAGCUCGAACGAAGCCAUCUUGAACAUGAGCUCUUGAUUCACCCUAUGUACUUUGGUGAAAACCUAACAGAUACAAUCAGACAGAAAUUAUACAGCGAGGUAGAAGGAUCCUGCACUGGAGAGCAUGGAUUCGUGAUAGGAGUAACGAGCAUUCACAGCAUUGGAGAUGGAGAAAUUCUAUCUGGACGGGGAUUUUGUCUGUUUCCAAUCAAAUAUGCGGCGAUUGUUUUUCGACCUUUCAAGGGAGAAGUUGUCGAUGGAGUAGUUACACAGGUGAACAAAGUUGGGCUCAUGGUUGAUGUUGGACCUAUGGCUUGCUUUAUUUCAAAGCAUUCAAUUCCGUCCGACAUGGAGUUUGACCCAGAUUCGAACCCUCCUUGCUACAAAACGAAGGAUGAAGACACUGCCAUUCGACAGGAUGAUGAAAUCCGUCUGAAAAUCGUAGGAACGCGAGUGGACGUGAACGAGAUAUUCUCGAUCGGGUCAUUGAUGGACGAUUACUUGGGAAGAGUAGACUAG